UACGUGUAAGCCACAUAGGAAAAAAGUCCCACCGUUGAUCUAAAGCCACGUAUAAUCAUAUCAAUAGUACAUUCAAACAAAUGGACCCCACAUUUCACUUUCUCUCUCCUCCAAAUUUUCCCCUGUUUAUUAAAUCCCCUAUUAAAUUUUCUCUCACUCCCUUAACUUCCUCUCAUCUCACUCUCUCUCCUCUCAAUCUCUCUCCUUUACAACCACCGUCUCAACCACCGCAUUUCACCGGCGCUGCCGCAUUCUCCCCCACUUUUCCCGAAAAUACCCUUCUUCAACUUACCCUUUCAUCUUCACUUCUUACUCUGUUCUAACUCUGAAAUUUCCCAACUUCUGAAAAAAAGCUCUUUUAGUAAUUAACCUCCAUUUCCCACCCUUUUUUGUAGGGUUUCUUACUCAAAAUCUGAGUUUUUUUUCUUCAUUUUUAGCUUGUUUAACCCUUUGAAUAAUCUGCAUUUAUCCGUUUGAUAGAUUAUUUACUGGGUUCCACUUUUUCCGUUUGUUUUAUAGCCGUUACACUUUCAGUUCAGCACAAAACCAGCAGAAAAAGUGAGGAAAUUUUGGGAGUUUUUUUCUUGAAUUUGUUAAUGAUUUUUCUGGGGUUUUUAAAGCUCAUUAAAUUAUGAAAUGGGUGUCUUGUUUUUUUCAAUUUUAAGCUGAAAAUCUUGUUUUUGAGCUGGGGUUGUGAAGAAUGAGGAAGCUAGUUUGUUUAAUAAUCCUGAUAAUUUUGGGAUGGUUCCCAAUUUGUAAGGGUGCACCAUCUUUAAGCCCUUCAUUGAAUGAUGAUGUGUUGGGAUUAAUUGUAUUCAAAGCAGACAUUAAAGACCCAAAUGGAAAAUUAGCUUCAUGGAAUGAAGAUGAUGAUAGUCCAUGUUAUUGGGGAGGUAUUAAAUGUAACCCUAGAUCCAACCGUGUUUCUGAGCUCAAUCUAGACGGGUUUUCGCUUUCGGGUAAGCUCGGUCGAGGCUUACUGCAGCUCCAAGCACUCCGGAAGCUUUCGCUGUCGAAGAACAACCUCACUGGGAGUCUCAGCCCUGCAUUGGUGAGGCUUUCUAACUUGAGAAUACUUGAUUUGAGUGAAAAUGGAUUUUCUGGUGUAUUGCCUCUUGAUUUCUUUAGACAAUGUGGACCUUUGAGAACUGUUAAUUUAGCUAAUAACAAGUUUUCAGGGCAGAUCCCUGAUAGUUUGAGCUCAUGUGUUGGAAUUUCUGUGCUUAAUUUGUCUGCUAAUCAGUUUUCUGGGGCUUUACCUGCUGGGAUUUGGGGUUUGCAAGGGUUAAGGUCACUUGAUCUGUCUUAUAAUCAGCUGAGUCAUGAAAUUCCAAAGGGAAUGGAUGGUUUGGCUAACCUGAGAACCAUUAAUCUGAGUCGAAACCGACUUUCCGGGCGAUUGCUGGGUGAAAUUGGAGGGUGCUCAUUGUUGAAAUCACUUGAUUUUAGUGGGAAUUUGUUUUCUGGGAACCUGCCAAAGUCAUUGCUGAACUUGAGUUUUAUUGGGUAUCUUAAUUUGGGAGAGAAUUCAUUUGUGGGUCAGGUUCCUGAAUGGGUUGGAGGGUUGAAAGGGCUUGAAAAUCUGGAUCUUUCAGCUAAUAACUUCUCUGGUGUUUUGCCAACUUCUGUGGGAAAUCUUAGGUCUUUGAAGGUGUUAAAUAUGUCAAUGAAUUCUUUGAGUGGUAGCUUACCUGAAUCUAUGGCUAGUUGUUUAAGCCUUCAAAUCAUAGAUUUUAGGCAGAAUUUGUUGACCGGUGAUCUACCUAAGUGGAUUUUUAAGGUUGCUUUGCAAGAAAUACUGCUCUCAGAAAAUAAUUUUGGUGGAACAAUGGAUGAUUCUUUCGCUUCAGCGGAAGAAGCCUCGCAUCAAAGCCUCGAGGUAUUGGAUUUGUCCAAUAAUGUGUUAACUGGGGCAAUUCCAUCAGCACUUGUUAAUUUCAGCAGCUUGGCAUUCUUGAAUCUGUCUAAGAACUCUUUGACGGGUCCUAUUCCCAGAAAUGUUGGGGAACUAAAAGCAUUGAAUGUUCUUGAUUUGAGCGAAAACAAGCUGAAUGGGAGCAUUCCUACCGAAAUUGGAAAAGCUACUGCUCUGCAAGAAUUGAUACUGGAAAAGAAUUUUAUUAAGGGGAUAAUACCUACUUCAAUUGAGCAUUGUUCUUCACUCUCAGUAUUGAUCUUAUCUCAUAAUAGUCUAGAGGGACCUAUACCUCUUGCUCUAUCAAAACUUGCUGACCUACAAACUGUGGACCUUUCUUCCAAUGAUUUAAGUGGAAGUAUGCCAAAACAACUAGCUAAUCUUCAACAUCUCGUUUCCUUCAAUGUUUCCCACAAUAAUCUACAAGGUGAACUACCUGGUGGUUUCUUUAACACCAUAAACCCCUCCGCUGUCUCAGCCAACCCAUCGCUUUGUGGCUCUGCGACAAAAAAAUCUUGCUCCUCUGUCCUUCCCAAACCCAUUGUUCUUAACCCCAACUCCACCGGUGAUGCCUUCUCUGGCUCUUCUCUAUCUGCUACAUUUGGUCACAAGAAAAACCUCCUGAGUAUCUCCUCCCUCAUUGCUAUCGGAGCUGCUGCAGUAAUUGUAAUCGGUGUGAUUGCCAUCACAGUUCUUAACCUAAGUGUUAGAGCCUCAGCAUCUCGCUCUGCUGCUGCCCUUGCAUUAUCUAAUGGUGAUGGUUUCAGCAGUUCCCCCUCUACAGAUGCAAAUUCUGGUAAGCUGGUCAUAUUUUCAGGAGAGCCUGAUUUCAGCACUGGUACCCACGCUCUACUCAACAAGGAUUGCGAACUUGGCCGUGGUGGGUUUGGGGCUGUCUACCGAACUGUUCUCCAAAAUGGUCGCCCCGUUGCUAUAAAGAAGCUCACUGUUUCAAGUCUUGUCAAGUCCCAAGAAGAUUUUGAGCGAGAGGUGAAGAAGUUGGGGAAAAUCAGGCACCCUAAUCUUGUCACUCUUGAAGGCUAUUAUUGGACUCAAUCACUUCAACUUCUUAUCUAUGAUUUUAUCUCCGGUGGAAGUUUACAUAAGCAUCUCCAUGAAGGAGGAGGUGGGAACUUUCUUUCAUGGAAUGACCGGUUCAAUGUAAUUGUUGGGAUGGCUAAAGGUUUAUCUCACUUGCACCAACUGAAUGUCAUCCACUACAAUCUUAAAUCUAGCAACAUACUCAUAGAUAGCUCAGGUGAGCCUAAAGUAGGUGAUUUUGGAUUAGCGAGAUUGUUGCCCAUGCUGGAUCGGUACAUUUUAAGCAGCAAGAUUCAGAGUGCUCUUGGGUACAUGGCGCCUGAAUUUGCAUGCCGAACUGUAAAAAUUACAGAGAAGUGUGAUGUUUAUGGUUUUGGAGUUUUGGUACUUGAAGUGGUGACUGGAAAAAGACCUGUUGAGUACAUGGAGGAUGACGUGAUCGUUUUGUGUGACAUGGUAAGAGGAGCACUCGAAGAAGGGAAGGUGGAAGAAUGUAUUGAUGAGCGGUUGCAAGGUAGAUUCCCAGCCGAGGAAGCCAUUCCAGUUAUGAAGUUAGGGUUGAUUUGCACAUCACAGGUGCCGUCUAACAGACCUGAUAUGACAGAGGUGGUUAAUAUCUUGGAAUUAAUCAGGUGUCCUUCGGAAGGCCAAGAAGACUCAGGGUAAGUACUAUUAUUCGACAUGCCUAAAUACUAACAUGUCGAACUUACAGUUGAAUUAUCCGGCGAAGAGGAAUCCGGUCUGUGUAUUUGCAUGUAAACAAGCUGGAAGCUGUCGAAAACUAAUUAAUUCUCUCAUUGUUAGUUCAUUUUUUUGGGUCCUUAGCUUCUGCCUUUGUAGUUUCCCACUGUUUGUAAGUAGCGACUAGGAGUAGUUCUUGCCGGAUUCCUCUUCACCGGGUUCAAAUUUGGCAACCCAUUUUGGAUAUCUUUAGGUAGUUCCACCUUCUAUUUAUGUUUGUGAAAUGAAAAUGUAAGAAGUUCAUAUUCUUGGUUGUAUUUUGAUCAGUUCACAAAAUUCGAAAUAUCACCGUCUUCCUAUUGUUUCCAUUUGUGGUAGUCAGAGGUAAAGUCGAAUCUUAGAAGUGUCAGACCGGAUUUUGUUCGGAGUUGCUCAUGUCAUAUUGUUCAUUUAUGUUGUCGGUUUGGUUAAACCCGGAAUAUGAGUAUACCUUAAGUUUGAAUUGGA